AUGGAGGAAGUUUUAUGCGAAGGUCCUAUUAUGCGUUCCCAAGAAAACUCAGUAAACGUUAUUCCAUCAGCAUCUCCACAGUGUCAGCACCAAAACGCAGACUGUGGUUUGAUGCAGGACGAUGAUCAUCAACUGGAUUCUGCUCAGUAUCUGAAGCAGAACAUUGUCAGUGGCCACUGGCAGAGUACCGAUAACCACAAACACUUUGAGACCGAGGCAAGUGAAACUGCUUGUUUCUUUGUUCCUUGCUUACAAUCGCUGAUAGAAGUGAAGGGAAAAAAAUGA